GUCAGACGACAGCGCUCGCUCGACGUCCAACCGUCUGAGAAUAUGACGCCCCGCUCGCUCUUUGCGCUGCUCGCGCUCUCGUCCACCGAUGCCUGCACCAUGUACGGCGUCAGCCGCACCGCGAGCGCCGAUGGAUCCACCAUGGUCUCGCACAGCGACGACGGCGCCGGAGACUCAGAUUCUCGGCUCUCGUAUGUACCUCCCGCGCGGCACAAGCCUGGCUCGAUGCGAGACAUCUACCCUACCAUCGACGAGUACCCAAAAUUCAUCGGAGACGCCUUUGGCAAGACCUUUCUGCCGCUUCCAGGGCAGGCGCUCACAAAGCCGAUCGGACAAAUCCCACAGGUUGAGGCGACGCACGGCUACUACCUCAACGGCUACGCCAUCCAGAACGACUGCGAGCUGAGCUUCGGCGAGAGCACCGCCUCGGCGGUCUUCCGUGCCGAUGCGGUCGGGACGCCAAACGGCACCGCCCUCCUCGCCAUUGAGGAGCUGAGCCACCUCGCCGCGGAGCGCGUCUGCACGGCGAGGGAGGCGGUCCAGCUGAUGGGCGACCUCGCCGUCCAGUACGGCUUCUUCGGGCCGGAUGGCGGCGCGGGCGAGAUGCUGGUCGUCGGAGACCCGGACGAGGUCUUCGUCUUCCACAUCCUCUCUGACCCGACGGCGAGGAGCGCCAUCUGGGCGGCGCAGCGGGUGCCCGAGGGGGAGGUGAUGGUGGCGGCCAACCACUUUGUCAUCCGCGAAGUGGACCUCGACGACGCGGACCGCUUCCUCGGCUCGCCGCACAUGCACCGCGUCGCGCUGCAGCACGGCCUGUGGGACGGGAGAGGGAAGCUCGACUUCACCGCCGCCUUCUCGCUCGGCGAGUACGGAAACAAGUACUACUCCGGCCGUCGGAUGUGGGACGGCUUCCGCCGCUUCGCGCCGUCGGUGGCGCUCCCACCCGCGUACAACAGCACCGACCCGUGGAGCGGGCUCAAGGAGAGUAGGCCGUACCCCUUCUCCGUCCCGCCGGACGCGCCGCUCGCCCUGACCGACCUGCUCGCCGCCCACCGCUCCCACUACGAGGGGACGAGCUUCGACAUGACGCGCGGCGUCGCCGCGGGCCCCUUCGGCUCGCCCGAUCGCUACGCCGUCCCGGGCACGCCAGGCGACACGAAGAGGGGCGCGUGGGAGCGCUCCGUCGCAAUCUACCGCGCCGCCUUCGCCUGGAUCGCGCAGGCGGGCGGGAGCGCGGACAGGGACCGCAAGCAGGACUCCGCCGUAGUGGACAGGGACUCCGCCGCGGCGUCGGGUGCGGUCGCCCUCCAGAAACUCCUUCCGGACCCUCCUCCCGAGGAGACCGGCGCGCUGCGACGGGGCGACCGCGGGGACGGGUGCGGCUGCCGCAGCAAGAUCUGGUUCGGGCCUGCCGACCCCGCCACCACAGUCUUUGUGCCUCUGAGUGUCUGCGCGGGCCCUCCGCCCGAGCAGUACACGCGCGGAGGGCCGGGCAAGGUGGACCGCGAGUCGGCGUACUGGGCGCACCGGUACACGCAGAACCUGGCGCAGGUCCGCUACUCGGCGAUGAUCGUCGACAUCCGCGCCCACUCGCUGGAGUGGGAGGAGCAGGGCGCGGCGCUGGCCCUCCAGAUCGGCGCUCUCCA